UUAUGUGGCCAGUGGUCAGUGGUCAGGUUGAUGUAAUGCUUAGUCCUGGCUACAUGGUGGCGCUAAUAGCCACAUAAACGAGUCAACCGAGGAACAUCUCACUGUGCAGGUAGUUUCCUUAUGAGACUUUUGUGCGACUUAAAGAACUGAAAAUAGGUGGAGACAAAAAAAAAAAACACCCCAUUAUACCUAGAACAUCAGCCUUUUGUCUGAACUUGCACGGAGAAUGGCAGCGUUCUAUCCACAGUGUCUCUUGUUGUCAGGUCUGGUAAUGAUGGUAUCAGACUGCAGAGCCGACUCAACAUCGACUGUAACGGCUUAUCUAGAAGAGGGUGCAACUCUCCCUUGUGUCAAUGCAAACAUGACGGAUCCAAAGAGCUGCUACAGAGUCAGGUGGAUGAAGCAUUCCACAGACACUGGUCGGAUGGAAGUUGUCCUGGCCUGGCCUCAUAAAUCCCAGUUAACCCUAACCCUAACCCAGCUCGCCAAACGUGUGAAGUGGAAAGUGGAUGGGGAAGGACAGAUGUCUCUCCUUCUCACAAAAGUACAAAAAUCUGAUGAGGGACUCUACAGCUGUGAAAUGUGUCAAGGCUGGGACUGCACGCUGGUCAAAAACACAUCUUUAGUAGUUAAAGACUGCAAAGUCCUGCAAGCAUUGACGGCAAGACCUAGCAAACCCAUCAAACUGAAUUGCAGUGUGGACGUAACACCAAGGCCCCAGAAUAUCUCCUGGUUUUUGGUAAAAGGAGGUGAGCCUCAGUCCCUCCCCUCUGAGCGGGUUCAAGUCAACCACACAUCACUGGUUAUCCUGUCUGUGAGAGCAAGUGACAGCGCGUGGUACAGAUGUAAUUACACUUACAAUCAAACUCGACGCUGCUUUGACAUCAGAGUUCAAGUCCAAGAUGCUGUCGAGGUCACACCCGUUCCGGUCACUGCAGCACAGACUCAGCAAGCACUGACAAGCACUGAACCUCUCCCAGAAAAGAGGCAGGAGGAGAGCAUGGGAACAGUUAUCGCAGUUGUGUCUUCAGUCGUUAUUGGGAUUGUCGUCGCUGCUGCAGUGAUAGGAGUGUUAAUUCACUGCUGCCGUAACACCCAGAAACUCCCACAGCAAACCCAGAGCUCCCCAGCAGCAGGGACACUUACGCAGCUUGACCACGUUUAUGAGGGAGUGACAUGCUCAGAUGAUCCUUUAAACCUACGGGUCAACAGUAUCUACCGGCAAUGCGAGAAUGAAACCCCGAUCACGUUUCACUAUUAAAAGCUGCUCAAGAAAAGAAGAUGUUCCUGCUUGUUGUCUAAUCUGGAUGGGGACAUUGAUGCUGCAUCUAAAAAUAUGUGACAUCAGCUAAAACAAGAAGUUUUCAAAAUAUGAGACAGUUUAGUUUAGAAAUACAGUAUUUUGGAGUUUGGAUUUUGCUGUUUUUCCACUUUCCCAGAUACAGAAACAAAUCAACACCUUAGGUUGGACCUGUUUAUGUAGUUAGUACAGUUUAAGUUUAAAGUUAUGUCAAAAGAGCUAAAGCCCUCAACUAAACUGUAUUCUUUGAGUUGAAAAGAAGAGUAACUGUGCCCAUAUUCCCCAUUUGUAACCAUCCAUUUUACUUAAAAUUAAAUAAAAACAUGAUCUUUCAUGAAAACCCUU